UCCCUCCAGCGCGGCUCUUCCAGACCUCGCGAUCCUGUCCUCUGCCCGGGCCCCCAGCCGCCCGCCAGUCCCACAUAUUAUAGCAGCGCCAGAAAUAUGGUAGUGGUCGCCACGUUAGGGUCCGCGGGGCCCUCCUGAGGCACCCUGGUGCCAAUCCGCACACCCAGGCUGGGGCUCAUCCUGGCUCCGCCCACCUCGGGGUCGGAACUACGGUGGGCCUGGGAGGGGGCGUCGAGCACUUUCGCGCCGUAUCCCUCCGCCCCCCUUCCCGACACCCUCGCGGCGAGCGGCUCUUGCCGCAUCCUGCGCAGCCCCUGCCUACUUUGGUGCAGAGGCGUGGGGGGCGGGACGCGUCUUUGCCAUUCGGAUCGCGGGGAAAGAGGUGGCUCCAAGUGAGGAGCCGCCAGAGGAGAGCUGAGGAGAGGAGGGGGAGGCCGACGACCUGGGCCCUGGGCCUCUGAAGGUCUGGCGUAUUCUGACAGGACACAGUGAGCAUCUGUAGAGGAGAGGCUUGAGAUAAAGGAAGAGCACGAAUAUUGCCUGGAUUUCUGGAGAAUAUGCGGCGCCCUUCCCCCAUUUUAUGCUGCGCAGAGCAAGGGGAUGUGGCGCACCUAGUGGUGAAUACUCAGAAUUGGAGAAGGGAGUAAUGGGAAGAGUAUGACGUCAAGAGAAGGAGUUGUUAUCUCUGGAACCUUGAAGCACGGCCCAAAUAAAAUGAGAAUAUUCCACCAGCAAAACCCCGAAUGUUGAAAGACAUACCAAUAAUACGGGGACUCAUCCUUGGCGUUGGUCUGUCUACCAAGUGCUCUUCUGUCACCCCUGAUAUCCUGACUGUCUUACUUUUUCAUCUGUUUGUCCAUAGGCCUACUUUAAGGCUAGCCAGUUCUGCAAGAAAGGCAAGGAGGAGGAGACUGGCUCACAGCUCUGGAGGACCCCCUUCUGUCAGCUGUGGGGCUUGACACCACUUGAACAAGAAAAGGAGGGGGAAACUGCACCACAUCAGUGAAGAUCUACCUCCAGUGGCUGCUCUGCUGGUGGUGGAGUUGCUGCUGACAACCACCCUCAACAGGUCUGCACCCAUCCAGGAAAUAUUGUCUUCCUUUAGCUUGGUUGUGCCUGUUCUACACUCAAUCUGUAUUAUUGAAUUAUUGACUGAGACUGUGUUUGGGAAGGAGGCUAAUUGACUACUGGACUGGAUAUUGACUGUAACUCUUGUUUCCAAGCUUAUAUCCUCAAUCACCUAAAGAUCAGAGUGUGAAGAAACAAACCUGUGACAGAUCUGUGGUUGAAGUUUAGACUGGGGGAGGAGUAUAUUACUGGACUUCCUUUGUAACUUGUACCAUGACUAGGGCAGAGAUUGAGCCUAGUGCCCAGGCCAAGCCUGAAAAGAAGGCUGGGGAAGAGGUUAUCGCUGGGGCUGAGAGAGAGAAUGAUGUCCCUCUGGUGGUCAGACCCAAGAUUAGGACCCAGGCAACUACUGGGGCAAGGCCCAAAACUGAGACCAAGUCUGUGCCUGGGGCAAGGCCCAAAACUGAUGCCCAAGCAAUGUCUGGGGCAAGGCCCAAAACUGAGGCCCAAGUAAUGGGUGGUGCAAGACCCAAAACGGAGGCUCAAGGAAUGGCAGGAGCUAGACCCAAAACUGAUGCCAGGGCAGUAGGUGGUGCUCGUCCUAAAACUGAUGCCAAGGCAAUCCCUGGAACAAGGCCCAAGGAUGAAGCUCAGGUAUGGGCCCAGAGUGAAUUUGGGACUGAAGCUGUGUCACAGGCAGAAGGGGUGUCCCAGACUAAUGCCGUUGCCUGGCCAGUGGCCACUGCUGAGUCUGGAUCAGUUAAUAAAUCUAAGGGCCUGUCUAUGGAUAGAGAACUAGUUGAUGUGGAUGCUGAAACCUUUCCUGGCACCCAGGGUCAGAAAGGAAUCCAGCCCUGGUUUGGACCAGGGGAGGAGACUAAUAUGGGGUCUUGGUGCUAUUCCAGGCCCAGGGCCAGAGAGGAGGCCUCUAAUGAGUCUGGGUUCUGGUCAGCAGAUGAGACCUCUACAGUGUCUUCUUUCUGGGCUGGAGAAGAGACAAGUAUCAGAUCAUGGCCCAGAGAAGACUCCAAUACCAGGUCCAGGCACAGGGCUAAACAUCAGACUAAUCCCAGGUCCAGGCCCAGAUCCAAGCAAGAAGCCUAUGUUGAUUCCUGGUCUGGAUCUGAGGAUGAGGCCGGCAACCUAUUCUCCUUCUGGGCUGGAGAAAAUACCAGUAACUUGUUCAGGCCCAGAGUCAGGGAGGAGGCAAAUAUCAGGUCCAAGCUCAGGACAAAUAGAGAAGAUUGUUUUGAAUCUGAGUCUGAAGAUGAGUUCUAUAAGCAGUCCUGGGUGUUGCCUGGAGAAGAGGCCAAUGGUAGAUUCAGGUGCAAAGACAAAGAAGAUCCUAAUACCGCCUUGAAACCCAGGGUCCAGAAAGAUGUUGAUGGUGAUAGGGUCAAACAAGAACCCAGGUUUGAGGAGGAAGUCAUUAUUGGGUCCUGGUUCUGGGCAGAAAAAGAGGCCAGUUUGGAGGGUGGAGCUUCAGCAAUCUGUGAAUCUAAGCCAGGAACUGAGGAGGGGGCCAUUGGCGGAUCCACGUACUGGGCUGAGGAAAAGUCCAGUUUGGGGGCUGUGGCCAGAGAAGAGGCCAAGCCAGAGUCUGAAGAAGAGGCCAUAUUUGGGUCUUGGUUCUGGGACAGAGAUGAGGCCUGCUUUGACCUAAAUCCCUGUCCUGUGUACAAGGUCAGUGAUAGGUUCAGAGAUGCAGCUGAGGAACUUAAUGCAUCCUCCAGGCCCCAAACCUGGGAAGAGGUCACUGUUGAAUUCAAACCUGGUCUUUUUCAUGGGGUUGGCUUCCGAUCCACAAGCCCCUUUAGAAUUCCUGAAGAGGCUUCUGAAAUACUUGAGGCAAAGCCCAAGAACAUGGAACUUAGCCCAGAAGGGGAAGAGCAGGAAUCUUUGCUUCAGCCUAAUCAGCCUGAUCCUGAGUUCACAUUUCAGUAUGAUCCUUCCUACCGGUCAGUCCGGGAAAUUCGAGAGCAUCUUAAGGCCAGGGAGAGUGCAGAGUCUGAGGGUUGGUCCUGCAGCUGCAUACAAUGUGAGCUGAAAAUUGGUUCUGAAGAGUUUGAAGAACUCCUUUUAUUAAUGGACAAAAUUAGGGAUCCUUUUAUUCAUGAAAUAUCUAAAAUUGCAAUGGGUAUGAGAAGUGCUUCUCAGUUUACCCGAGAUUUCAUUCGAGAUUCAGGUGUUGUCUCACUUAUUGAAACCUUGCUUAAUUAUCCAUCCUCUAGAGUUAGGACAAGUUUUUUGGAAAAUAUGAUUCACAUGGCUCCACCUUAUCCAAAUCUAAACAUGAUUGAGACAUUCAUAUGUCAAGUGUGUGAAGAAACCCUUGCACAUAGUGUGGAUUCCCUUGAGCAGCUAACUGGAAUAAGGAUGCUUAGACACCUCACUAUGACUAUUGACUAUCACACACUGAUUGCCAACUAUAUGUCCGGGUUUCUCUCCUUAUUAACCACAGCCAAUGCGAGAACAAAGUUUCAUGUUCUGAAAAUGCUGUUGAAUUUGUCUGAAAAUCCUGCUGUGGCAAAAAAACUAUUCAGUGCCAAAGCUCUUUCAAUAUUUGUGGGUCUCUUUAACAUAGAAGAGACAAAUGAUAAUAUUCAAAUUGUUAUUAAAAUGUUUCAGAAUAUCAGUAACAUUAUAAAAAGUGGAAAGAUGUCCUUAAUUGACGAUGAUUUCAGUCUUGAGCCGCUUAUUUCUGCAUUUCGUGAAUUUGAGGAGUUAGCUAAGCAACUACAAGCCCAAAUAGACAAUCAAAAUGAUCCUGAGGUGGGACAACAAAGUUAAUAUGAUUAACCACCCGCCGCUGAUCAGCCUUAUGUUCCCAAAGAGCCCUGAGUAGUGCUUUGGUGUUCACAGUCUGUUUUUUUGUUGUAACUUACAUUUUUUAAUGCUUAUGUUAACUUCGUCAAACUCUUGUUUUGAGCUGGAUCAUUUUGUGGAUGCCAAAUGAAUAUCAAAACUGAAAACACAUUUGUUGAUAUUUUUGUCUUGCUGUCCAGAUUGCGAUAUUUUUCAGUAUUAAGCUUUCAGUGAACUGUGUCACCUAAGUAAGCUACCCUGCUAUUUGUUGUUUAAAUAUAUGGUUCUCUAUUUGAGUCUGUGUUUUCAAUAAAGUUCUAUGUUUAAAUUGGCA